UCAUUUGUCAUUACAUCGGGCUUUGCCCAAUCAAAAUCAGGUUUCCAAGAGACCAUUGGGAUACUAGGUGGAUUCGAAAGAAGACGACCGCUACCGUUUAAUCCUUUGAUAACGAUUCUAUUUUAGUAUUCCGACACUAAACUGCAAGUCCUGUUCAUCCAUGACACUGAAAGCGAUGCUGGUUUCACUUUAAGACUAGCAAAUAGCUCUUGCUGUAGCUUUCGAAAUCGCCAUUGUUGGGUUUAGCAGAGUGAUGAGGAGUGGAGAACGGAGCUUCCGGGGUAAAACAGCUAUCUAUAUGAAAUUUACCGAGGUGAUGAGCUCACGAAUCGUAUUGCUUGUGAUUAGAAACCAUUGUUGCCGGAGAUGAUAACGUUACAGUUCAGAAACUGAAACGGAGCUGACACACCUGGGAUUUCUUUUUCUAAAGCUGUUCCAGACAUUCAAGCUCGUACGAAAAGCAAUUCUGGAAUACAUCGUGCCAGCAAGAGGAAAUAUUUGCUGAAAUUAGUAAAAAGAAGCCAUUUCAGUGGGUGUUAUUUCAUGGGGAUGUGUUCAAGGCAAGAGAGAAUACAAAAAGACGUCGACAUCGUAAUUCAAAGGUGUAAGGCAGAAAAAGACUGCCUUUUCUCUGAUUUCCGAUACACUGACGCCACGUUCACGUUCACCUAUUCAAAGGGAUCCAAAAGGGUUUCCUACUCUGUGCAUGUCUCAGAUGAUUAUCCAGACAACACAUAUGUGUCCAACUCUGAAAAUGACGAUGAAGUUCUAGUCAUGAGAGAUCCCAUUCCUGUUAUAUUCCAUAGAAUCACAACAGAAAUCAGAUUCAGUAACGAUGCCACCAGCUGCCUCUCCAACAGAUCAAAGCUCCAGAUUGACAAAAGCCCGUGCCCCUAUGCCAUAGAGGAGGACUCUGAGGGCGACAAUGACUCAGAGGAGUUCUACUAUGGCGGUCAGGUGAGUUAUGAUGGAGAGCUCCACAAACACCCACAGCUUGAGGCCGACCUGGCAGCGGUGAGAGAGGUGUAUGGACAUCACGCAGUGUCUCUCAGGGAAUAUGGCGCCAUUGACGACGUGGACAUCGACUUACACAUAGAUGUCAGCUUCCUGGAUGAGGAGAUUGCUCUGGCCUGGGAUGUGAUCAGGAUGGAGCCUGUCAUCGUACGCCUACACUGCUCUCUGACUCAGUACCUGAAUGGACCAGUUCCAACCGUGGACGUCUUUCAAGAGUCAAGGAAAGAGCGCUUUGGACUCGGACAUCAACUGAAAAAGAUCAUGCAGACGUUUGUCACUCAGCAGUGGAAGCACCAGGGCAAAGAGAAACAGAACUGCCCCCAUGGCAAGAAGCCAAGCGAUAAGAAGGUCAAGUCCCCACUGCACAUCUUCUCCACCCUUCGCAGGUCCCCCAGCUAUCCGCCUCCAGGCUGCGUGAAGAGCAAGAAGAAGCUGAAGCCGGAGCAGGACGGCGUCUCCAAGUCCCACCGCCUGCUGCGCCGCACCUGCUCGGGCGCAGUCAAGUCCGGCGACGCCGCCGACGGCUGCACGGGCGGCGGCAGCGGAGGCAGCCGCUCGCACCGGCUGCUGGGGUCCUCGCUGUCCAGCGACCCCCGUCUGGAGCACCCCCACCCCCAGCUCCCGCCGCACAACCACCCCCACCCGCACCCGACGCCCUCCCUCUCCCUCAAGCCCCACCGGCUGCUCCCGCGGCCCUGCUCCGCCUCCGCGUCCACCCUCAAGCCCGACGACUGCUCCUCGCCCCCGCCGCUGCCUCCGCCGCGGCCCCACAAGCCGCUGCCGCGCUCCUGCUCUGGAGACCCGCACGCUGACCACAACCUCGGGGAGAGCCCUGGAGGCGGAGGAGGAGGCGGAAGUGGAGGAGGAGGAGGUGGUAUGGGCAGUGCGCUGAAGCCCCAUCGGCUGCUGAGCCGCUCGUGCUCCGGCAGCAUGCGGGUGGCCGAGGAGCUGGACGGCCUGCGGCACCACCACCGGCUGCUCAGUCGCUCCUGCUCCAGCAGCACCCGCGUGGGCCGCGCCGACCCCUUCGGCAAGGACUCAGGCACAGCCGGAGAUGGAGGAGGAGGAGGAGGAGGAGGAGGAGGUAGGAGGCUCUCACUCACCUCGGGCCUCAUCGGAAUCCUGGCGCCGUCACUGGCCUCCACCCCAGCUGUGCCACCCAACAAUGGAGCCAAGUGUAUACCAGUGCGAGAUAAAGGCUUCCUGGUUCAGACGAUGGAGUACGCCCAGCAGCGGAUCCCGGUCCUCAAUGAGUUCUGCGUAGUCUGCGACGAGCCGCACGUCUUCCAGAACGGACCCAUGCUCCGACCCACAGUGUGUGAGAGAGAACUCUGCGUGUUUGCUUUCCAAACAUUGGGGGUUAUGAACGAAGCAGCUGAUGAGAUCGCCACAGGAGCCCAGGUUGUGGAUUUGCUGGUGUCCAUGUGUCGCUCCGCACUGGAGUCCCCAAGGAAAGUUGUGAUCUUUGAGCCAUAUCCAUCAGUGGUAGACCCCAACGACUCCCAGGCCCUGGCCUUCAACCCACGGAAAAAAGACUACGAUCGAGUGAUGCGAGCCCUGGACAGUCUUACAUCGAUCAGAGAGAUGACUCAGGUGUGUGCUCCUUACCUGGAGAUCAAGAAGCAAAUGGACAAGCACGACCCGCUGGCACACCCACUGCUGCAGUGGGUGAUAUCCAGUAACAGGUCACAUAUAGUUAAGCUCCCGGUAACCAGACAACUGAAGUUCAUGCAUACCCCCCACCAGUUCCUCCUCCUCAGCAGCCCACCUGCCAAAGAAUCCAACUUCAGAGCUGCGAAAACACACUUUGGAAGCACCUUCGCUUUCCAUGGAUCUCACAUAGAGAACUGGCACUCCAUUGUGAGGAAUGGCCUGGUUGUAGCAUCCAACACAAAACUCCAACUCCAUGGCGCCAUCUAUGGGAGUGGAAUUUACCUUAGCCCUUUGUCAAGCAUAUCUUUUGGUUACUCAGGGAUGAAUAAAAAACAACAGAAAGUUACAUCAAAGGAUGAAACUUCCACAAACAGCAAGACAAACAUCCACUUACAGUCACAGAAGAAGGGUCAGCAGCCACAGUUCCUGCAAAGCAGAAACCUAAAGUGCAUAGCCUUAUGUGAAGUCAUCACUUCCCAAGAUCUGCACAAACAUGGCGAUAUCUGGGUGGUUCCAAACACAGACCAUGUCUGUACAAGAUUUUUCUUUGUUUAUGAGGAUGGGCAAGUUGGAGACACAAGCAUUAACACCCAGGACACAAGUAUACACAGAGAGAUCCUGCGUGUCAUUGGCAAUCAGACAGCCACUGGGUGAAUGAGAACUGACCCGACGCAAUACUGCUGCCUUGGCCCGUCGUCCGCCAUCUCAAAGCUGGCCAUUUGAGUAAGGGGGAGCCAACACAAUUGUGUAUUCUUUUGGUAAAAGCAACAUUGAAAACAACAAAAUCAACAAAUUUAAAAAAUAAUUUAAGACAUAUUUGCUAUGUUGAGGACGAGCUAAAGUAUUUAUACCCCAAGAUUACCAGAAAUCUUUCUGAGAUUGAAGCUGAGUCCACUUUACUACCGUUUAUAAAUAAUAUUUUUUUCUUUUUGGUGACAUACAGUAGUACCUCUCAGUUUAACUGACAGGUGACUCUCUUUUUCUAAUAAAAAUAAUGAUGACAUACCUUAGAAAUGAUUUUGAGUAUUUUGAAUUUGACGUAAUUUGGCCUUUUGGGAAGAAGUGGUGUGUGUGACACUGCAAGGUACACAUUUGUUUACGAAGAGCUGCGCAUUGCAAAAGUACAAUAUUUUGUGUAUAAGGAGGGUGUUGAUAUGCACUUUAUUUGUAUUAUUUUAGAUCUUGAAAUGCCUUCAUUUGGACUUAAUUGUGAUUAUUUACAACUCUAAAGUAUUUGGGUUUCUUGUAUGAAAAUUGUGGGGAAGCACAAGUGGACAUUGCCUGAGGCUAAAUGCUCUGCAUGCCAAGGUGUUGGACUGAGGCAAAUUCUGAGGUAUCUGCUGUGUUCUUGGUUCAUAGAAAUGGCAGGUUCACAGUACUAGCGGGUAAAACCUGAGAUGCAGUGUAAUGGAUUUCAGUAGUCUACAAAUAUUAGUCAAAUGAACAGACAAAACUAAAGAAGUGAAUGAAGCAGCAUUGGUUGACUGAACAUUCUUGAGGUUUGACAAAAAGAUUCAGAGGUACAAGGUUAAGAUUAAGUAAAGACAAAAAAAAAAAACAUUGAAUACAAUUCCAGUUUUGAUUGUAGAGACUGUUCAUUUGAAUAGAUGUUUCUAAUUCCAUAUUCUGUACAUGAUUUUAAUAUGGAGAAAGCAGUGCAUUUGUUUAUACGUCACCGUGCUCUUAACAAUCUCCAGAAUACAUGCUAAAUGACUUUGGCACACUCAGUACAUCUGCACAAUAUUGACCAUUCACUUAAAAGGUAGUUUUCCCAUCAAGCAAAACUAAUGACCUAACAGUGGAUAAGUUAAGCCAUAGCCUUCAAAAAAUCUUAAUGCAGAAUACAAUCUCUUGAUACAAGAUAAAAGUCAUUUUAAGCAUAGUCAGAUUUUUCUUUCACCUCAGCUUGUAAGACAGUCUUUAGUUCAGUAUGUGGCGACAGUGUGUUCAGAUGGCAGAAAUAUGUAAAACUGUGCUUGAACUUGAAAGACAAUGGCGGAAGGGUCACUAAGUAUUUCUUGUUGUUUCUUUUUUAUAACAAUACACUUAUACUUGAUACAGCGAUAAAACAUAAGAUGUUCGCCCCCAACUACUUUCAAGAUUUAAGAGCAAACACAUUUUAUACAGACCUGAUAUCUAAUGUAAAUACUAAGGACUUUGAACUUUUUGUGGUUUCAGUUGCUUUAAUAAAUCAGCUUAUAUUGCAAUUGUAUUGUAUUUAAAUGGGCUAUAGUUAAGAGAAAAAAAUCUGCAAGUUGGCUAGAGUGAUGGGGUUUUCAAUUGCUUUCUUAGGCUUCAAAGAUUUCAUCACCUUGUUUUUAAUAAAAGGGGCAGGAAUAUUUAUUGACAUGGUAUUAAGAUUCAAUGGUCUGUCGUUAAAGACAAUUGCAAUUGUGUGUUGUGACAGAAGAACCAAAUAAAAGGUAGAAAAAAGUUAAAAUGCGGUUGUUCCACCAUGCAUACAGUUGUAGGACUUGCAUCACUAUUUUAGUUGAAUUGUGACAGAGUGUUCUGUUUAUAUGGUUUUCAUAUAUUUUCUGCACAAUUUAAAGGAAAUGUAUUAUGCUACUUUGCAUUCGGUGCCUUACAGAUGUGGGUCAAUGGCAAAUGUAUGACAGUACUGUACAUAAUGUAAAUACUGCCACACAACAUGGAGGCCAAAUAUUUUCUGUAUUAAGUUUUUACUUUUACUUUAUUUUGCAAACAAGUCCAGCUUUUUGGCUUUUUACAAGUUAUGGAAAUAGUAGCUUAUGUACUUGUUUAUGGUCAUUAAAUUCAAAUUUCCUUAUAAACAUCA